AUGGAUCCCCUUCCCAUAUACACAAUCAUCUGCCUUGUUUGUUGGUCAUUUUGUUUAUUGCCAUUUUAUGCAUCAUCCAGCAGCCGCCUUCUUCCCGACAAGCCGCUUUCCGCUGGUAGCACCAUCACCUCCGACGAUGGCACUUUUGCCCUUGGAUUCUUCUCCCUGUCCAGCUCCAGCACAAAAUAUUACUACGUCGGCAUAUGGUACAGGAAUAUACCCGAAGACAACAUUGUGUGGGUUGCCAACCGUGCUAUGCCGAUAACUGAUCCUUCUUCUGCAACGCUCGCCUUCACAAGCGGAUCCGAUCUCGCCUUGUCAGACACCAGUGGCCAGCUUCUCUGGACGACAAACAUCAGCGCUGCAAGGAAUUCAUCGUCAGAGGCAACUGGUGGAGAAGCCACGCUUGAUAACAAUGGGAAUUUUAUUCUUCGGUCAUCAAAUGGCACCAUCUUAUGGCAAAGCUUCGAUUACCCGACCGACACUCUCCUUCCAGGUAUGAACCUCAGGAUCACCCACAAGACGCAUGCACUACAACAGCUCAUCUCUUGGAGAAACCCCCAAGACCCAUCCCCGGGCAACUUCUCAUAUGGUGCAGACCCUGAUGAGUUUCGGCAGCGUAUUACAUGGAACGGAUCAGCACCCUACCGGCGAAGUCUGGUAUGGAAUAACAAUUUGGUAGUAGGGAAGUAUGUUGAGAGUAUCAAGUCCACAAUUUACUAUACACUGCAAAUUAUUGGUGAUGAGAUCUACGCUUCCUUUGGACUACCAGUACCUAGUGUCUCACUAGUGCUAAUGAAGAUUGACUACUCAGGCAGGAUAAAGACACGAAUCUGGAAUAGCAACAGCUCCAAAUGGACUGACCAGUAUUCAGGACCUAACCAGGAAUGCAACAAAUUUGGUUACUGUGGUCCAUUUGGUUACUGUGACAACACACAGCCUAUUGUGACAUGCAAGUGUCUUGAUGGCUUUGAGCCAAACAACAAACAAGACUGGACGACCCGCAGGUUUUCACAGGGAUGCCACCGGAUGGAAGCACUAAGAUGUGGUCAAGGGGAUGGCUUCUUAAAUAUGUCAACCAUGAAGAUUCCCGACCAGUUCUUGUAUGUCAAGAAUAAAAGCUUAGAUGAAUGCAUAGCAGAAUGCACAAGCAACUGCUCAUGUACGGCGUAUGCUUACACCACUAUGAGAACUAAUGCUAUCGAUGAGGAUGAUACUAGGUGCCUAUUAUGGAUAGGAGAUUUGAUUGACACGGAGAAGUUCAUUGGACAAGGGGAAAACCUCUAUAUCCGAGUUAGUGGAUUGAGUGACAAAAAGCGGAAGAGCAAUGUUUUAAAAAUUACACUGCCAGUCGUUUCAAGUUUGCUCAUAAUCAUAUGCGUGUGCCUUGUUCGGAUCUGCAGCUUUGGAGGCAAACAAAGAAACAAGAAAAUUUGGAAGAAGCUGAUGUCGGGAACUUCAAGCACUUCUAUUGAACUUCGUGAUGGAAACUUAAAGUAUCCUUUUAUUAACUUCAAAGAAAUUGUACUUGCAACAAACAAUUUUUCUAACUCCAACAUGCUUGGACAUGGAGGUUUUGGCAAUGUUUACAAGUAUGCAAGUGUCCAGGCGACAUUAGAAGAUGGUACAGAACUUGCUGUGAAAAGGCUUAGUAAGGGUUCUGGACAGGGGGAACUGGAGUUCAGAAAUGAAGUAAUACUCAUUGCGAAGUUGCAGCACAAAAACUUGGUUAGACUUCUCGGUUUCUGCAUCCACGGAGAUGAGAAACUAUUGAUAUAUGAAUACUUACCUAACAAAAGUCUGGACGCCAUGCUUUUUGAUGCCACAAGAAAAUCAAUGCUUGAUUGGCCAAUAAGAUUCGAGAUAACCAAAGGGGUAGCUAGAGGACUUCUUUAUCUUCAUCAAGAUUCAAGAUUGAAGAUAAUUCACAGGGAUCUCAAAGCAAGCAACAUAUUACUAGAUGGCGAAAUGAGCCCUAAGAUAUCUGAUUUUGGUAUGGCAAGGAUAUUUGGCGGCAAUCAGCAGCAAGAAAAUACCGACCGCGUUGUUGGCACAUAG